AUGUCUAGCCGUGAGAAUACCUGUCGAGGCUGUCGGAAACCGUCUCAACGAGAAAGCAUUCUCAACAGCAUGGCCGCUUCUUAUCCCCAAUCUUUGCAAGGGUUCCACGCUUCUGGAAAAAACCUUGAUUGCGUAUGGUGUAAUCAGCUUGUCCUGUUGAACUUUGACGCUUUGGCAUUGUUAUGUCCCGAAUGCUAUCGUCAAAUCGCAGAUGACGAUGAUGGUGAUUAUUAUCUCAUUAACGAAAUGGAUAGCUUGAACCUUGGUGAUGAUGAUUAUAAUUAUGGCUCUGAUGAUGGUUAUAAGAGUUUAGUCAACUGGGAAAAUACUAUUGUUCCAAAAGAUUUGCAAAAACCAAAGAAGAAACCAAAACCAAUAGGUCUUGCUUCAACAGAACAGAAGUCCUGGAGAGAUCAAAUGAGAUCAAAAUAUCAGUUGAGAGACUCCGCCCCAUUGAAUAAUAAUUACAAUCACCAAACAGGGGAGCUCAACAAGGAAUUACUCCUUUUCAACCUCAAGCAUGCUUGGAAAAAACGGAUUUUCAGGAACUUUUUGCAGCCAAAGGAUCAAUAA